AUCAUUCAAUACCAACUCUUAGUCUUCCUUGUCAUUCAUUCCACGAUGUAAUACCUUCAUAUCAUCUUCUAAUUUAUUCGUCAAAUAUUUAAUUUCUCAGCAAUAUCGAUUAUCCAUGUCCAUUCAUCAAUUUUAUAUCCAGCAAUUUACAGGCGCUAGAGGUCUCUCCGAUCAAGUAGGCGACUGCUCAAUAUCUCAUCUUUUCUUGAUACAUUUACUAGUGAAACACCGAAGAAUCUGCAUCUCUCUCACUUUAUAAUACGCUCCAGGUUCAAUCAUAUAGCAGAUAAGAGUUCGAGCCCCUAAAAGCUUCCAUUUCUUGCUUUUAAAUUUAAUUUCAUCACAAACUCGUUGUUGUUGUUAUUGUUUCAUUGUAAUUUCACCACAAACUAUUCUCUUCCUUGUAACAUCUCUUUUUCACUUUCUCUUGAAAAACGAGAGGGAGAAAUAUCGAUAUGGACAUAGUGAAAACAAUAGUACCAGUCUUGGGUCCGAUUUGGACUGGAUUUACUUAUCUGAAUGACUAUGACAAGAACGUCCAGGCUUUCCAUCAACAAGUUGAAAACCUAAAGAUGGACAGAGUUUCUGUGCAACAGUGGGUUGACGAGGACGCACGGAACGGAAAACUUAUCCAACCAAAUGUUGGGUUGUGGCUUUUACGUGCAGAUCAAUUCGUCGAAAAGGCAAGAAUUUUUUUUGAAGAGGAAGACAGAGAAAAUGGAAGGUGUUUGUAUGGGUGGUGGUGUGUAGUGUGUCGUUAUUGCCGGAGCAGCAGAGCAAAGGAAAAGACCCAGGAGCCUGAAAAAUUCCGUGUUGAAGGAAAGUUCUCGAAGGUGUCAGUCCCUGGAUGUCUAGGGGAAAUGGAAUCCACGACGGAAGGAAAUAGUAAGGAGACUAAAACACGUAGACAUAUUGACACUACCAUCAUCACUUUAAAUCCACCGCUCUUAGUUGAACUAAUUAUACUAGUUGAUAGUAAUUUUUGAUUAAUUUUAAUUAACAUGUAAUGGUUUAAUGUUAAUCUUUGAUUACUUUUUAUAAUUGCAUAACUAAUGUUAUUAAAAUGAUAAAUUAUGAUAAUUAGUGGACAAUAUUGUCUUACAAAAUGUUGGGCAUGUUAUAAAG